AUGCAUGGUAAAGGACCCAGUAAUCGGGACUGGUGGCCCAAUCAAAUAAAAUUAAAUCUACUGCGUCAAAAUUCAGCGCUUUCUAAUCCAAUGAUGUCGAAUUUUAACUACGCUGAUGCGUUCAAUUCUUUGGAUCUAGAGGCCGUCAAAACCGAUCUAAAGAAUCUUAUGGUCGAUUCUCAAGACUGGUGGCCAGCGGAUUACGGUCAUUACGGCCCAUUUUUUGUGCGCAUGGCUUGGCAUAGUGCUGGAACCUACAGGAUCGCUGAUGGCAGAGGUGGUGCAGGAUCUGGAACACACCGAUUCGCUCCAUUGAAUAGCUGGCCAGACAAUGCAAAUUUGGAUAAAGCAAGAAUGCUACUUUGGCCUAUCAAACAGAAAUAUGGACGUAAAAUUUCGUGGGCAGAUUUACUCAUACUGACGGGAAACAUGGCAUUAGAGUCUAUGGGAUUCAGCACUUUCGGAUUCGCCGGUGGCAGAGAGGAUGUAUGGGAACCAGAAGAAGACAUCUAUUGGGGAGCCGAGACAGAAUGGCUCGGUGAUAAACGUUAUUCAGGAGAUCGAGAACUAGAAAAUCCUCUUGGUGCCGUGCAGAUGGGCUUGAUUUAUGUAAACCCUGAAGGACCCAAUGGCAAUCGACCUUUAGCAGCUGCCCGAGACAUCAGAGAAACAUUUCGCAGGAUGGCCAUGAAUGAUGAAGAAACGGUAGCACUUAUAGCAGGAGGUCACACCUUUGGCAAAACUCAUGGAGCCGCUGAUCCUGAAAAAUAUGUUUCAAGGGAGCCUGCUGCAGCCAAAAUUGAGGAAAUGGGAACUGGUUGGAAAAACAGCUACGAAAGCGGAAAAGGAGAGCACACUAUUACAAGUGGUCUGGAAGGUGCUUGGACCAGCACUCCUACAACAUGGAGUAAUCAGUUUUUCGAUAAUCUAUUUGGUUACGAAUGGAUGACCAAGAGCCCCGCUGGCGCCCAUCAGUGGAAACCAAAAAACGGAGGUGGAGAAGGUACCUUUCCCGAUGCCCACGAUCCAAGUAAAACACAUGCACCCUUCAUGCUUACUACAGAUUUAGCAUUGAGGGAAGAUCCUAUAUACCGAUCUAUAUCUAAAGCGUUUCAUGAAAAUCCGGAUGCAUUUGCAGAAGCUUUUGCCAAAGCUUGGUUUAAGUUAACUCAUCGAGAUAUGGGGCCAAGAUCACGCUAUUUAGGUCCAGAUGCGCCGCGUGAAGACCUGAUUUGGCAAGAUCCAAUUCCAGCUUUGAAAAGCAGCUCUAUACAGCCAGAAGAUUUAAGCACUUUGAAGGAAAAAAUAUUAGGAUCGAAUCUCAGUAUAUCUAAUUUAGUUUCUACUGCAUGGGCUUCGGCUUCGACAUUCAGAAAUAGCGAUAUGAGAGGAGGUGCGAAUGGCGCCCGCGUAGCUCUCGCACCUCAAAAAUUUUGGGAAGUAAAUAAUCCUUCCGUUUUGGUAGAAGUUCUAGACAAACUCGGUGCCAUUAAGGACUCGUUUAAUUCAGAAAACUCAGACAAAUAUAUUUCUCUGGCAGACAUGAUUGUCUUAGCGGGAUCUGCUGCCGUUGAAAAGCGGCUAAAAAUGCCGCAUGAUCUAGAAAUAUCUUUUGCACCAGGACGAGCUGAUGCUGUAGCCGAGCAAACAGAUAUCGACAGUUUUGCAGUAUUAGAACCCAUUGCAGAUGGAUUUAGAAAUUAUCAUAAAAAUCAAAGAUUUGGAGCUGCAGAAGAUCUCCUUAUCGAUAAAUCUCAGCUCUUAGGACUCACGGCUCCAGAAAUGACGGCAUUAGUCGGUGGCAUGCGCGUCCUGAAUACAAAUUGGGAUGGUUCUAGUCAUGGAACAUUGACAGAUCGGCCAGAGCAUUUGACAAAUGACUUCUUCGUGAAUCUCCUC